AUGGCUUUCAAAUCUUAUAUAAUCUUAGGAACAGCUCUUCUAUUAAGUUCGAUUCUCUUAUAAGGUUAGAUUGAUGAGCCAAUUUCAAGUGAGCAUCACUUAUGGAUGCUAAAACAUCAUAAAUAAUACUAUUCAGCCCUCGAAUAAGAGUAAUAAAAUAAAAAAUAGUUUCUAGAUAUAGAAGAAAAGUAUUUGAGCAAAAUGUUAAAUAUAUUGAUGAAAUAAACUAAAAGUAGAAUGAUUUUGUUUUAGAAAUUAAUGAAUUCGCUGAUUUAACAUCAGAAGAAUUUUCCAUUCAAUAUUUAUAAUUUGACCAUCAAAUUACAGAUCCCCAAGCUGCUCAGCAAUUUAAAGAUGAUUCAAAUUUAAAUCAAGCUAUUGAUUGGUCAUAAUAUGCUGGAAGUGCUCGAAACCAAGGAUAAUGUGCCUCAUAUAUUUUUUUCACCUUAGAUCUUUUGGAUGCAAAUAAUAAAAUCGUUAACAAUAUUUAUAGUCCAUUAUCAUAAUAAGAUUUAAUUGACUGUACAUAACAAUACGGUAAUAAAGGAUGUUAAGGUGGAUUUGUUUCAAGUUCAUUAAAUUAUGUAAAAGAAAAAGGAUUGGCCUACGAAAAAGAUUAUCCAACAACUUCAACAAGUGGAGUCUGUAAAAAUGUUUAAAGAACAUUUCGCAUCUCAGAUUACAUCACUGUAAAAAAUUGUGAUGAUUUGAUUAAAGUAUUAGCUAAUUCAACAGUUGCUGUAUCAGUUGAUGCAACUUCUUGGUAAUUUUAUCGAAGGUAAGAAUUAUUUUAAUAAAAUAUAGCGGUAUUUUGACCUAAUGUGGAACCUCUUUAAAUCAUGGUGCAUUACUUGUUGGGAUAACAAAUGAUGGAGUUUGGAAAUUGAAAAAUACUUGGGGUUCAAGUUGGGGAGAGUCAGGGUUCAUUAGAUUAGGAGCAGGCAAUACCUGUGGAGUUUGUAUGAAUGGAUAAUAAUAAGUAUUUUGA